AUGAAAGUCUCACAAUCUCCUUCCCCUCCUCUCCCUUCCAAAAUUCCCCGAUUUGCUUAUCUGGUUUCCGGGUCUAAAGGCGAUUUGGAAAAGCUUUGGAGAACCCUUCAUUCGCUUUACCAUCCCCGGAACCAAUAUGUUGUUCAUCUGGACCUUGAGUCUCCUGCAGAGGAGAGAUUGGAGCUUGCAUCAAGAGUGGAAAAGCAUCCGAUUUUCUCCAAGGUUGGAAAUGUUUACAUGAUCAGCAAAGCCAAUAUGGUUACCUACAAAGGACCCACCAUGGUUGCUAACACACUUCAUGCUUGCGCAAUUCUCCUCAAAAUGGGAAAAGAUUGGGAUUGGUUUAUCAACCUCAGUGCUUCUGAUUAUCCUCUUGUCACUCAAGAUGAUCUUAUUCACACAUUUUCAACCAUAAAUCGAAAUCUGAACUUUAUUGAGCACACAAGUCAAUUGGGGUGGAAAGCGGAUAAACGAGCGAUGCCUUUGAUUGUAGACCCUGGGCUCUACUCCAAAACUAAAGCAGAUAUAUACUGGGCGACGCCGCGUAGACCUCUGCCAACAGCAUUUAAAUUAUUCACUGGUUCGGCAUGGAUGGUUCUCACACGCUCAUUUGUUGAGUACUUAAUUUGGGGUUGGGAUAAUCUGCCAAGAACCUUAUUGAUGUAUUACUCAAACUUUGUUUCCUCACCUGAAGGAUACUUUCACACAGUAAUAUGCAAUGUGCCAGAGUAUGCUCAAACAGCAGUCGGUCAUGACUUGCACUACAUUGCUUGGGACAAUCCUCCUAAGCAGCAUCCUCACAUCCUUACCCUCAAUGACACAAACCAGAUGAUUGCAAGUGGUGCUGCCUUCGCCAGAAAAUUCAAAAGAGAUGACCCUGUCUUGGAUAAGAUUGACAAAGAUUUACUUCGCCGGAAGAAUGGGAGCUUCACUCCUGGUGGAUGGUGUUCUGGAAAUCCCAAAUGUUCUGAGGUUGGGGACCUGGAAAAAAUUAAACCAGGUCCUGGAGCUGGCAGACUGAAGCGCCUCAUAGCUAGGGUAGCUUUGUCUACAAAGCUUAAACAAAACCAAUGUAAAUAG